CCAUUUCUAGGGUAGUUUUGCAGAGUUCCGUUUCACAGUCACAGGGAUUAUCUGAUCAAAAGAUCACUUGAAAGAAACGAAUUCAUGGCGAUCCGUACAUCUGAUCUUCUAGGACGCGUUCAAGCGGCCAACGAGUUCAACGUUGAUGCCUUGUUUCGCUAUGCUAGUGAUAAUGUCGAUGGCUUUCCUCCCCCUCCAGCUCACCUUUCCGUUUCGCAGUUUGGGCAUGGACAGUCGAAUCCAACUUUUUUAUUGGAAGUUCGUUCGGGAUCUUCGGUGAAGCGAUACGUCCUCCGAAAGAAACCUCCCGGCAAAUUGCUAGAGUCCGCCCAUGCAGUUGAGAGAGAGUAUCAGGUUCUCAAGGCACUAGGUUUUCAUACAAAUGUCCCAGUUCCUAGGGUCUUCUGCCUUUGUACUGAUCCAAAUAUCAUUGGAACUGCCUUUUACAUUAUGGAAUAUUUGGAAGGGAGAAUAUUUUUAGAUUCGAAGCUACCGGGAAUAAGUCCUCACCAGAGGAAGGCUCUUUAUUCUGCAACUGCCAAAACCUUAGCUUCUUUACACAGUGUUGAUGUGGACUCAAUUGGUUUGGGAAAGUUUGGGCGACGUGACAACUAUUGCAAGAGACAGGUGGAGAGGUGGGCUAAACAGUACAUUGCUUCGACUGGUGAGGGUAAACCUCAGAGAAAUCCAAAGAUGCUAGAGUUAAUUGACUGGCUACGGCAACAUAUUCCUCUCGAAGAUUCUUCCGGAGCAACUGGAGGGCUAGUUCAUGGGGACUUUCGGAUUGACAAUCUUGUAUUCCAUUCUGUUGAGGAUCGGGUUAUUGGCAUUAUUGAUUGGGAAUUGUCAACUCUUGGAAACCAAAUGUGUGAUGUUGCAUACAGCAGCUUGCCUUACAUUGCAGAUAUUCAGCAUGCUGAUGGACAAUUCUACGAUGGAUUUGAAUUUACUGGCGCUCCAGAAGGGAUUCCUUCACUGGCAGAAUACCUCGCAGAAUACUGCCGUGUAUCUGGCAAGUCUUGGCCUGUGGCAGAAUGGAAAUUUUAUGUUGCCUUCUCCCAGUUUCGUGGGGCAUCAAUUUAUGCAGGAGUGUAUCACAGAUGGACUAUGGGUAAUGCUUCGGGGGGUGAACGUGCUCAAUAUACAGGAAAAUUAGCUAAUGGUUUGAUAGAUUCUGCCUGGGCAUUUAUCAACCGAAAAUCAGUGCUUCCUGACCAGCCUCCAUCUGGUCAUUUGGUUCCUGUAGAUGAUUUGCGACAACUUGAAAAUGACAGUGAAGUUCAAGAACUCACAAAACAAGGUGGAAAAUUUGUUCCUAGUCAAAAAGUUGAGGAAUUGAGAAGAAGACUGCUUAAGUUCAUGAAAGACAACAUAUACCCCAUGGAAAAUGAGUUCUACAAACUUGCGCAGUCUAGCUCACGAUGGACAGUUCACCCAGAGGAACAGAAAUUAAAGGAGUUGGCUAAGAGAGAAGGCUUGUGGAACUUGUGGAUUCCUCUGGAUAGUGCAGCCAGAGCAAGAAAACUUCUUUCUGAGGGGACAAACCAUGCUUAUUCUGGGGUUGCAGACAAUAAUUUAUUAGGCGUAGGACUCUCAAACCUUGAGUAUGGUUACCUUUGUGAGAUAAUGGGGCGUUCAAUUUGCGCUCCUCAGGUGUUUAACUGUGGUGCACCUGACACCGGAAAUAUGGAGGUAUUGUUGCGGUAUGGAACUAAAGAACAAUUAGAAGAGUGGCUUAUUCCAUUACUUGAGGGGAGGAUCCGGUCUGGGUUUGCAAUGACUGAACCAAAAGUGGCGUCUUCUGAUGCAACAAAUAUUGAGUGUUCAAUUACAAGGCAAGGAGACUCAUAUUGCAUCAAUGGCAACAAAUGGUGGACUAGUGGAGCAAUGGAUCCUAGGUGCAAACUUCUAAUAGUCAUGGGAAAGACAGACCCUACUGCUGCCAAGCAUAAGCAGCAAUCCAUGAUCUUGGUGGACAUCAACACUCCUGGUGUUCGCAUAAAGAGACCACUCACGGUAUUUGGUUUUGAUGAUGCACCGCAUGGGCAUGCAGAGGUGCUGUUUGAAAAUGUCAUCGUUCCAGCCAAGAAUAUUCUUUUGGGAGAAGGACGUGGGUUUGAGAUUGCACAGGGUAGGCUGGGUCCUGGAAGGUUACACCAUUGCAUGAGAUUAAUUGGUGCUGCAGAGCGUGGCAUGGAAAUGAUGGUCGAAAGGGCUCUAAGAAGAAGAGUGUUUGGAAAAUUGAUUGCUGAGCAAGGUUCAUUUCUGUCUGAUAUUGCCAAGUGUCGUGUGGAGCUGGAGAAGACUAGACUGUUGGUACUGGAAGCUGCAGACCAGCUUGAUCGCCUUGGGAACAGGAAAGCCCGUGGGACCAUUGCCAUGGCCAAGGUUGCUGCACCAAAAAUGGCGUUAGAGGUGCUGGACAUGGCAAUGCAAGUUCAUGGUGCUGCUGGUUUGUCGUCUGACACUGUUCUAGCGCAUCUCUGGGCAACGUCAAGGACAUUGAGAAUUGCUGAUGGCCCUGAUGAAGUCCAUUUGGGAACCAUUGCCAAGUUAGAAUUACGAAGGGCUAAGCUAUAAUGAGU